AUGUCCGAGCAUUUUGCCGCCAACCUAGCAGAUCAUUCAAUGAUAGAAAGUCUCAUUCAUAAGCUCAAUUCCAUCGGUCCUUAUGACCAGUGGAUUGCCACCGGUGAAAUCUCACGCCUUACAAAAAGAAGCCCCGAAAACCGUGUUGCCUUCGCCCAAGCUGGGGCAAUCCCUUUGCUGAUAGACUUCCUCACAUCAACGGAUUUACAGACGCAGGAAAAUGCAAUGACUGCUCUUCUUAAUCUCUCGAUCUAUGAAUACAACAAAGGCAUCAUAGUGUCCUCUGGAGCUAUCCCGAGGAUUGUUCAUGUGUUGAGUAAAGGUAGCAUGGUAGCACGUGAGAAUUCAGCGGCUACUCUUUUCAGCCUCUCUGUAAUUGACAGAAAGGAAUUGAUGAUCAGCUCUGCUAAAGCGAUUUCACCUCUUGUUUUCCUGUUGAGUGAAGGUACUGAGAGAGCAAAGAGGAUGGCAACCAACGCGUUGUUUAAUUUAUGCAUAUAUGAAUCUAACAAAAAGAGGGCAGUGAGGGCGGGUUUAGUCCCGAUGUUAAUGGAGCUUCUUGAGGAAUCACAUGGUCUUUUGAAAGAUAAGGCCAUAGCCAUUCUAGCAAUACUGUCAAUGCACCUUAAAGGGAGGCUGGCUAUUGGUAAAGUAGAGGCUGUGCCCAUUCUGAUCGAAAUUUUAAGGAGUGGAUCCCCGAUGAACAAAGAGAAUGCAGUUAUAGUUUUGGUGGAACUUUGCUUGGAAGACCAAAAAUAUUUGGUUGAGGUUCAAGAAUUUGGAGCUAUGGAUAAAAUAAUACAUUUACUGGAGCAUGGUACAUAUAGAGGAAAAGAAAAAGCCACAAAGUUGCUAGAAAAGAUAAAAGAGUCGGAAUAA